ACAAUAAUAAAGUACAUACGGUUACGAAAAUGUUCUGCUCUGUUUUGAUUCAAUGAAUCCACCAAUUUUACAACUUUUUCCACGAACACGAUCAAGUGAUUUUUUCCUUAAAAUUGAAUGAAUUAUUUGCUCUUUAAAUUCAAAGCCAUUUCUACUCAUAAGAUUGGGUAUACUGACAGUAUUUUCCAUCAUGUUGAGCCGGAAAAGGCUAGCUGGACAGAAGUUAAAAUAUGCCAUCGGAAGGCAGUGCUGUGUCCAUCGAUUUUGCUGAUCUGCGUCAAUUUCUCCCUCUAAGAAGACUUGAUUGAAGAAGUUUACCUCUGAAAAUUGAGCAUUUCUGCUCCAAAAACUAACACAACACAGUGAUGGAUUAAGAAGAUGAAAGGUCCUCAUGGGAUAAUUUGGAUUCUGGCCUUCAUGGUCACAUCCCUGAUGACUUUAUGUGAUGGCUGUGGCAACGACACUGACGCACAUCAAAUCUUAAAAGUGGAAUUUAAUUCAGACAUAGUCAAAGAUGAGUAUAUUGUGGCUUUUAAGAAAUACUACAAAACCUCAGCCAGGAAAAAUUUCAUCACAGCAGCAUUACGAGACUCCUCUUCAGAGUGGGAGAUUCUACCUAGAAAUAAUCCAGCUAGUGACUUUCCCAGUGAUUUUGAUGUGUUGCAGCUUAAGAGUGAUCCUUCCAACCAAGAAUCAAUAAAGAACUUGGAGGGGCAUCCAAAUGUCAAGUCUGUCACACCACAGAGAACAGUAACAAGGACACUUCACUACAUAAACAAAGACCCCAAAGAAGAUGAGGCGGAGGAGGAAAAUGUGGAAGACACUCCUCACUUUGUGAGGUCCAAUCAAUUUUGGCAAGCAACGGGCAGAUUGUCAAGCAGGAGACUUUUAAGGGCCGUCCCUCGACAAAUAACAUCAAUACUUCAAGCUGAGGCAUUGUGGAAUCUUGGAAUCACUGGCGCGGGGGUGAAAGUUGCUGUUUUUGACACUGGACUAGCAAAAGGACAUCCACACUUCAGGAAGGUCAAAGAGAGGACAAAUUGGACUCAUGAAAAAUCCUUUGACGAUGGCCUUGGCCACGGAACCUUUGUGGCUGGUCUGAUUGCGUCAAGUUCAGAAUGCUUAGGCCUUGCGCCUGAUGCAGAAUUGCACAUUUUUAGAGUCUUCACCAACAACCAAGUCAGCUACACGUCAUGGUUUCUUGACGCAUUCAACUAUGCAAUCCUGAGGAAGGUAACUGUCCUGAAUCUUAGCAUUGGAGGGCCAGACUUCAUGGACCAGCCGUUUGUUGACAAAGUGUGGGAGCUCACUGCUAACAAAAUAAUCAUGGUUUCUGCCAUUGGCAAUGAUGGUCCUCUUUAUGGCACCUUGAACAACCCUGCCGACCAAAUGGAUGUCAUCGGGGUUGGAGGAAUAAACUUCGAAGAUCAAAUAGCGAAAUUUUCGUCAAGAGGAAUGACUACCUGGGAGCUCCCUGGUGGAUAUGGCAGACUGAAGCCUGAUAUUGUCACAUACGGCUCUGCGGUCAGAGGUUCCGGGGUCAAAAAGGGAUGCCGCGUCCUCUCAGGUACAAGCGUCGCAUCUCCCGUGGUUGCUGGUGCAGUUGCGCUUCUCUAUAGUGGCGCGUUGGCCAGAGCGAGCUUAAUAAACCCAGCGUCGAUGAAGCAAGCGCUAAUGGCUUCUGCCAGACGUUUGCCAGGCGUUAACAUGUUCGAGCAGGGUCACGGCAAGCUUGACCUGUUGCAAGCCCACAAUAUUUUGCAGGCAUACACGCCACAAGUUAGUUUAAGUCCGAGUUACAUCGACCUGACCGAGUGUCAGUACAUGUGGCCUUACUGCACUCAGCCUUUGUUUGCUGGCGGUAUGCCGAUUGCUGUUAACGUAACAGUGCUCAACGGUUUGGGAGUGUCGGGGCACUUUGUGGGCAAACCAAAGUGGCACCCUUACACCAAGCAACAAGGCCACCGACUGGAUGUCGCAAUACAAUAUUCACCGGUGUUGUGGCCUUGGUCAGGCUACCUGGCGAUUUGGCUGGCAGUCAACGCAAACAGCGCCAACUGGUCUGGUAUCGUUCAGGGUCACAUUUCUCUCACUGUCGAGUCGCCUCCUGAAGAAGGAAGCAUCGAAGUGCGCCAGAGUUCUGUGCGAUUAGCCGUGAAGGCUCGUAUCGUGCCAACGCCACCCAAGCAGAAACGCAUUCUUUGGGACCAGUAUCACAACCUGCGAUACCCACCAGGUUACUUCCCUCGGGACAAUCUCAGGAUGAAAACUGACCCACUUGAUUGGAACGGAGACCACAUUCAUACAAAUUUUAAGGACAUGUAUCAGCACGUCCGAAAUGCCGGUUAUUACGUUGACGUCAUUGGAGCGCCAUUGACUUGCUUUGAUCAGUCUCAGUACAGUACUCUGCUAAUUGUUGACUCGGAAGAAGAAUUCUUCCCAGAGGAAUUGGCCAAGCUUCGAAGCGACGUUGAAGCUGGCCUGUCGAUUGUGAUAAUUGCCGAUUGGUAUAAUACAUCAGUCAUGAAGAAAGUCAAAUUUUAUGAUGAAAACACAAGGCAAUGGUGGCUUCCUGAUACAGGGGGAGCAAAUAUUCCCGCGCUCAAUGAGCUGCUUGCUUCAUGGGGCAUGGCUUUGAGCGACACGGUGCUGGAGGGAGAUUUCAGUCUUGGAGGACAUGACAUGCACUACGCAUCGGGCACAAGCCUGCUUCAUUUCCCUGAGACGGGAACGGUCAUUUACAAAGACCUCAAAGACCACGGCUCUGAGAUUGUCGGGUCUAAGGCAGAAGUUGUGAAAGAUGCGCCCAUCUUGGGGCUUUACCAAAGCACAAGCAACAAAAAUAGUGGUCGAAUUGUGGUUUACGGAGAUUCAAACUGUCUUGACAACAGCCACUUGCAAAAAGACUGUUUUUGGAUGUUGGAUGCGAUAUUGGAGUAUACCUCUACUGGUCAUUUAGCAUCUGUUUUCAAAUCGAACGCUGGUAAACCUUUAGUCAAACCAGCAGACUUUCCAUUGCCACAACGAAUGGAUGGAAAUCAUUUGUACAGAUACUCAAAAGUGAUAGAGUCACACAUGGGUGGCGUGAGGACGAAACCUCUUCCACAGUGCCCGCAUCUAGUUUGGGCACCACCCAAUCCUCUUAAUAAGUCUGCACCAACUAACCUCUACAAAUCGCAGAAGCUGCUCUCCGUGCUUCCAAAGAGUCCAUUGGAGCUCGACCUCAGAGCUCCUUUGCUUAACGGCGGCGGCCAGAAACAUUCCUUUCAACCGCCAGCAGAUUGGAAUAAUGCUGCUAACCCAAUUGUUGAUGUGCAAGACACUGAAAUUAGUCCUUCCCCAUUAGCUAUUCUUUGUUCGUUAACUAUUGUGUGUGCGGUUUGCUUCUGCUGCUUACGAAGGAGGAGUUUUAUCACUCCCGUGACUGCAUCGAGACGCAGCAGAAGGAAGCAGCAGCGAUUAAGAAAACUGGUGAUGGCACUUGGCAACACAUCAUCUGGAAAAGUACCUGCUGUGUAAUGCAACUCUCUGUCCUAUUUCUUGUAAUAAAUUAUUGUCUUUUAUACCAAA